UUGAAAGAAAAUAAAAGAUUUACGGACAACAUGGAGUCUGGUGUCAAUAAUAGGAAGCCGUAGACAUUGUAAACGUUUCGGAUGUGACGACGUUUGUUUGGAUUUAUUAAGUAAUUGAGAAUAGUUUACUCGUCUCAAACUUCUCGAAGAUUGCUUUAUUUAUCGGAGUUUUAAUUCAACCGUAACUAAUUUAUUCGUCGAAACGUCACUCUACGUAACGGUGUAUUAUAAAAAGAAACGUUUUAUCUUCGUUAUUCGUUAAAAAUUUGGAGAAUAAAAGAAUAUUUCUAUAAGAAAAUAUGAAGGAUGAGAAAUUAACUGUUUGUAAUUCUAAAAGAAGAUAGAACGAUUUUUAUAUCUCAUAUAAGUAUGACUGAGAUAUAUUUGUAAAUAUAUUUAAUGUAACAAAAAAGUAAUGGCUGAUCAACUAUCAGGAAUUGCCAUCAUUAUUUGCAUUGCUUUUGGUGUAUUAACUUUUAUAUUAUUAUUUAUAUUUGCCAAAAGACAAAUAAUGAGGUUUGCAUUAAAGUCAAGAAGAGGUCCUCAUGUUCCAAUUGGACAUGGUGCUCCAAAAGUUUUAUGUCAAGACAUAGAUAAAUAUUUGGAUGUAGUGAAUGAAAUAGCCUAUGAACCAAAGUUAUCAAAAACUGAUGGUAAUGAAGACAAUAUCAAUGAAAACAAUAUGAAUCAAUCAUUUCAUUUCUAUAGAAUGAAAGCAGUUGAUACUUUAUCAGAACUAGAAGAAACAAUUGCAGCAGCUGAUCCUCACAAAGUUCGUCAUCCUGGACACGAUUUAAGAAUUUAUUUACAUUAUUUGAUGCGCACUGGGGUUCUUGUAGGAAUUGAUUCAAUCACUGUUCACAGAUUUGUAGAUUUAUAUGAACAUGCUCGACAUGACCCGUCUGCAUUUGGUAUUGAUGAGUUUACUCAAUAUAAAUAUCUCUUAAACAAUUUACAAAAACACAUAUCUCAGCAACGGUAUCCUCAGAGGAUAGAAACAAAACAGGUUGAUUCUAAAACCACAAGUGCCCUGGAUAUAACUAAACAAUUGUCCAAUGGAAAUCCAAUUCCAAUUUUAAGAAGACAUCCAUCUGUUAUUACAAUAAAAGAUUCUGAUGAUAAAAAAAUGAUUGUUAUAUUAAUGAUCAAACAGAACCAUUAACUAGAGAGAAAAAUUGAUAUUUAUUUUGAAAGAGGCCACCAAGUGUUCUUUCUACCUCCAGUAUUCCAAAAUUCUGCUAAUUAAUAAACCUGUGUGAUAAAUAGAUUCUACAAAUUAGUUUAUAGUUGAGAGAAACUUUCAAAUUUAUAUAUAUACAUGUAUGAUACUGUGUGUCUUUGUACAGUAUUUUU